AAUUUUGAUGUUUGCUCAAGUCUGUAUUAAUUGUCAGGAAGUUCUAACUCUUAUCUUAUCCUACUCAUUGAAGUGGAAUUUAUAAACUGGAAAUUUUGAAGGGUUCCUAAACCUAUUAGCACAUCAACUUUUUAUCACUGUAGCAAGGGAAUUGUUUUAAAUUUAAGUUGUAGUGAAAUUUUGUAUUAUUUUUAAGGAUGAUAUUAAAAUCUGUUAUAUUAAUUGGAGGUCCAUCAAAAGGUACUAGGUUUAGGCCUCUUUCAUUAGAUAUACCAAAACCAUUGUUCCCAGUUGCUGGAUUACCAGUAAUACAACACCAUAUUGAAGCAUGUUCUAAAGUGGACAAUCUUAGUGAAAUAUUAAUAAUUGGAUCAUACCUUGCAAGCGAUUUGUCUCAAUUUAUACAGGAAAUGAUAAGCAUAUAUAAAAUAACCAUUAGGUAUCUUCAAGAAUUCACUCCAUUGGGAACAGCUGGUGGCUUGUAUCAUUUUCGUGAUCAAAUACGUUCUGGUGGACCUACAUAUUUUUUUGUGAUGAACGGUGAUGUAUGCGCUGAUUUCUCUUUGCAAGAAAUAGUGGAGUAUCAUAAAGAGAAGCAAGCAUUGCUUACUAUCAUGGCCACAGAGGCAACCAGACAACAAUCUUUGAAUUUUGGAUGCAUGGUUCUUGAUAAAGAAGGAAAAGUUGCUCACUACGUAGAGAAGCCAUCGACGUUUGUUUCAACUUUAAUUAAUUGUGGCAUCUAUCUUGCUUCUUUAGAUAUUUUUCAAACUAUGGCUGAUGCCUUUUAUGCAGGUCAAAGUCAGGAGAACUUUAUGCAAUUCAAUGGUAACAGUAAAAAUCCAGCUCAUAUAUCAUUGGAACAAGAUAUAUUAAUGCGUUUAGCUGGAACUGGUCGUUUAUUUGCUUUACCUGUUCUAAAGUGGUGGUCACAAGUUAAGACUGCAGGUUCUGCUAUAUAUGCCAAUCGUCACUAUUUGAAUUUAUACAAAGCAAAACAUCCAGACCGUCUUGCUUCUGCAGUUAAUGGACCUUGUCAAAUCAUUGGUGAUAUUUAUAUUCAUCCUUCUGCUACAGUUCAUGAAACAGCAGUGCUAGGUCCGAAUGUCAGCAUAGGUCCAAAUGCUGUCAUUGCCCGUGGUGUUAGAAUAAGGGAAUCAAUUAUAUUAGCCAAUGCUCAUAUUCAAGCUCAUUCUAUUGUAUUACACAGUAUAGUUGGGAAAAGUAGUUACGUGGGAGAAUGGGCAAGAAUAGAAGGAACACCGUGUGAUCCCAAUCCUGACAAACCAUUUGCUAAAAUGGAAAAUUUACCUUUGUUUAACACUAACGGCAAAUUGAAUCCCUCUAUAACAAUCCUUGGCACCAGCGUACGUUUGGCAGCAGAAAAAAUCGUAUUAAAUUCGAUUGUAUUGCCGCACAAAGAACUAACUAGGAACUUUAAGAACGAAAUCAUUCUUUAAACCGUACAAUGCAACGUAAAAUAUUUGAAAUAAUAUAUUUUUGUUAACUAAUUUGUUAACUAAUUGUAUGUAUACAAUUCUUCGUUAAUUUUUAUUGUACAUUUAAAAUUAUCAAUUUAUGUAAUGAUUCUGAGAAACUGACACUAAUGCACAAUAUAUAUGUUCAAGGUAUUUAUAUGAAUAUAAGUAUUUUCUGAUGAUUUUGUUACAGACAAUUGUUUAUACCAUGUAUAGUACAAAAAACAUCAUUUUUCGAUAUUUAUAUAUUUCUGUAAUUAUUUGUAAAUUCAGUGUCUCAAGCAUUAAUAAGUUAAUAAUAAUUAGUGAAGAGUAUCAUUUGUUAAUUCGUUAUUUACCAAGAAAAGAGGCUGAAAUAAUUUAAUCACUAUUUUAUAAUUGUAAAAUUUAAAUAUAUAUUUUUUUAAUAUAAAAUAAAUAUAAUAGGUUCAAAUA